GCCUCGCCCAUUGUCUUUGCAGCUUCUUCCCAGCGCAGCUCUUCUCUUCUAGUGUAUAACAUGAUACAGUGGCCCUAGCACUUACGGUGCACAUUCCCUCUUUUCUUUUCGAACUUUUACUGCUCUUGCGCCGGGGAAACGCUACGCAAGCACCCAUUGAAAGCGUCCCCGACUUUCUCGUACCACGCGCACCUUCUUGCACGAGCGUCCACCCUCGGCUAUCCACUGCCUUCGCUCUGCGAACAGGAACCCAUACCCUUCGAAAGCCUGCCGCCGGCACGAUAAACCGCAAUGCCUGCGAAGUCGCGCUUUGGGCGCCUCGAUGCGUUCACCAAGACGGUAGAAGAUGCGCGCGUACGCACGACGAGUGGUGGGAUAGUGACGAUUGGGAGUUUGCUAGUCAUUUUGUGGUUGGCAUGGGGCGAGUGGGCAGACUAUAGGAAAGUCAGCGUGCGGCCAGAGCUGGUCGUGGACAAGGGACGAGGCGAGAAGAUGGAGAUUUCAAUGAACAUCACGUUUCCCCGCAUGCCGUGCGAGCUGCUUACGCUCGAUGUCAUGGAUGUCUCUGGCGAGUUGCAGAUGGGCGUUUCGCACGGUGUCAACAAGGUGCGGCUGUCGCCUGAGAGUGAAGGGAGCCACGCCAUUGAGACCAAUGCUCUCGAUCUGCACAAAGACGAAGCUUCCCACCUCGACCCCAACUACUGCGGUGAAUGCUACGGAGCUCCCUCCCCGUCUGACGCUCAAAAGCCUGGCUGCUGCAACACCUGCGACGACGUGCGGAACGCAUACGCCUCCAUCUCCUGGUCCUUCGGUCGCGGCGAGGGUGUCGAGCAGUGUGAGCGUGAGCAUUACGCCGAGCAUCUCGAUGCCCAGCGCAAGGAAGGGUGCCGCCUGGAGGGCAGCAUCAAAGUGAACAAGGUCAUUGGCAACUUCCACAUCGCGCCUGGAAAGUCCUUCUCCAACGGUAACAUGCACGUGCACGACCUGGAGAACUACUUCAAAGACGAUACGCACACCUUCACCCACAAAAUCCACCACCUGCGCUUCGGCCCACAGCUGAGCGAUGCUGUCAUCACGGAUAUGCAGCAGAAGCACGCGAACACUGGACCAGGAGGUUGGACAAACCACCACAUCAACCCACUCGAUAACACCGAGCAACAGACGACCGAGAAAGCCUACAACUUCAUGUACUUCGUCAAGGUAGUCUCGACUGCGUAUCUUCCCCUUGGCUGGGAGAACGUUGUCCCAGGACGUGGCAUGCACGAGAAUAUCCUCGGAGCUACUAUUGACACGAACUACAAGGGUAGCAUCGAGACCCACCAGUACUCCGUCACGAGCCACAAGAGGAACCUGGCAGGUGGCCCGGAUGAGGAAGAUGGCCACAAAGAGCGCAUCCACGCUAGGGGUGGCAUUCCGGGUGUUUUCUUCUCAUACGAUAUUUCUCCCAUGAAGGUCAUCAACCGCGAAGAGCGCGCCAAGUCCUUCUCCGGCUUCCUCGUUGGUCUCUGCGCCGUCGUCGGCGGUACCCUCACUGUUGCUGCGGCUGUAGACCGCAUGCUGUACGAGGGUGCGAACAGGAUCAAGAAGAUGCACUCCAGCUAGUGCAAUUGCAGCACUCCCCGGCAAGGUCUGUAACAUCUUCUUUGAUUCGUAUGCAUUGCAAGGCGAUCGUGUAUGGCGUUUGGCGUAUGGCUGCCUCUGGGCUGCUCGAGUGUGGAGUUUAUGUUGGCCAUUUGCGCGUUUGUGUUCCGAGGAAUUGGAUGGGGAGCAAUCGCGCCUCCGUGGAGGGACGGAUGUACAGUCUAUAGAGAUGUGAAGAGGGACAGCAUGGUCUCGGUCAUGUGGUAGACGCAAAUCUAUAUGAAUAUCUGGUCUUGGGCGCGUGCAUACUCAGCCCUAGC